UAGUUAUUAAAAUAUAUGCUCUUAACACAGUAAGGUGCCAGCCCAUGCGCACUGUUAUGUGGCUUCUAUGCACGGUUAUUGUAUUGUCUGCUUGGAAAGGAGGUAGUCAGAUAAUAGGAAACAAUUAUGGGCCGUACACUGUUACCUGGGAAAAGAUGGAAAUAUGUAAAGGACCUAAACCAACAGAUUGUGGUAACAUUGAGAUUGGCAACAUACAAAAUGCAUCUAAUGUCAUAUUUCGUUUAGAUUUACCUCAAAAUUGCCUUAUUACUGGGGGCAAAAUAUCAGCAAGUACAUUACAAAAUAAUAAAACGAAAAACAAGUUAUGGAAUUACGUAUUGAACAAACCAUGUCAGCACUUUGUGCUGGGUCCGCUACUCACUGAUUUACUUAAUGUCACCCACGACUGCAAAGUUAAAAAGGGACUACACGAAAUACAUAUUAAUAUUCGGGAACAAACAAGAAAAUUUCUUGGAAACAAUUUCUUUUACGGCACUUACAUUUUCAAAUCAAUGACACAUAAUAAAAACGCAAAUUUCUUUUGUGUAGAUACCGUGAUCAAUGUGAAAAGAAUUUCUUGAAAAGACAUUUUAUUUUUCAAAAUAAAUGUAUACUUUGAUUAUAAAGAUAUAAUAAAUGUAAGC